CGAACGAAUAGCACAGGGAUCCCCAUUUCGUCUCUGUGUCGCAUCCUGCCCUUACAAACGGCGGGCGUCCAUACCCACUUUAUUUUAUCGAACUGGGUCAACUGUCCGCCGAGAAAAUCUCUCCACCGCGCGCCUCGCAUCUUCUCGUAACCCGGAGAAAAAACAUCCUAAUGUAUACAUAGACGGAGAACACGACUCGAGGUCCCACGAGGUGGCCGCGUCACCGGAAAUCCUUCGAACGAGGUCGAGGUCGAACGCAAUUCAUGGUAGUUGUGCAGCGGUGCAUUUACACAGAUACACGAGUACACCUGCUGGGGACUCGGGAACUACGAAUUUUACUUGUGCUGUGCAGCAGUGAAAAAGAAAGUCUUCCUGUCGAUCGAAAUUAGUCGUCGACAUCAAUGUUGGUGCAGUGCUUUACGAGUGUACUCGAUGAGAGUUUCCACUGGUGUAUCAACGAAUUAAAACCAGGAACCAGCAAGUGUGUGACAAGUCCGCUUUGAGGUGGACAGAGCUUGUGAGAUUGAGUUGGAGAAUUUCGAAGGUGAAGAGAAUUUGAAAAACGUACAAUUAUUGCAAGAACUUGUUUGCACCUCCUUAAGGAAUGGAAGAGACCUAAUUCCCUGUUCGCUAAAGCAUUGCAACUGAGUGGACGAAAGUUCGUCGAAACAAGUUGGAAGCAAAGGCUUCUGAAAAAUGGGUAAAAUCGAGCUGAUCUUGGCUCGAUAAAUAUUUGCGUAAUACGAAGCGUUAGGAUGAUACACUCGGCAAAAAAAUUUGGGAGACUUUGGGACGAUUGUUGGACAAUAUUUUAGGCCGACCCAAAUUCCCCGUCGUUCAUCCUCAGCGUUUAUCUCAACCGGAACAACCGAGUAAUCUCGAAAUAGGUCAAAUAUUGCUUGAGUGAAAACGUUGGUGGUGACACUGGUAUUUUCUACCAGCCGAAACAAACAUGGAAACUAUGGAGAACAAGUAAAUGAACGUUGUGAAUUAUUGUUUAAAGUGAGCCCCGGUACUUUGAAGUGCGCGUGUAUGCGACGCGUUGGAUUUGUUGUCACCGUUGUUGCUGCUGCGUCCUCGGAUAGAGGAUCAUCGUGACCCGGCAUGAAAAACAUGCGUUGGAUAGUGUGCGCAUCGAUUUUCAUGGCCGGUGGUAUUUUAUGCUGCAAACAGAGCGAGUUCAAAUGCGGAAAUGGUCGAUGCAUCACUCUGAACAAAGUCUGUAAUACCGUCGACGAUUGUGGCGACGGAAGCGAUGAGCAGCGUCAAUGCUCGCCCUGCAACAAGACGUAUUAUGGGGACGUGGGAAAAACUUACUAUCUGGAACUGCAUCGCCCGAAGGAAGACAAGGUGCCUUACUUCUGCAAGCUCACCUUUAGUGCACCCGGGGGCGAUUUAGGGGAUAUAGUUCAGUUGACCUUCGAUAGCUUCACGCUCGGUAAAUUCGUGUCAUUCACCGCGGAAGGUUGUCCUGAUGGUUCACUCCAGAUUUCGGAGGUGCAGAGGCCGGACGUCGGUGGACUGUGGUGCGGGACAUCAUGGGGUCCAGCGAUUUAUUACAGCGAAACACCCAGUGUGACGAUAUCGCUGAGGCUUCUACGACUGAGCCAAGAUCAGACCGGAUUCAAUUUUGAUUUCCGUAUGGCGUACAAAAUGAUACGGAAAUCGGACGCCGUAGUACGAUAUGGAAAUCCAUUUGUUGGAAUGAACCAAGUAACAAUGGUGCCGACCGCAACCCAGGAAACAUUACCCGAAUAUUCGAACAGCUCGAUGGCAAUGCCGGUGCACAUGGUCGAAGAGACGGAGGACUUUGAGCCAACGAGAGCAGCGCCGGAUCAGCAAUAUCUUGGGGAUUUGAUUUCGGGAACUUACUGCUCUCGUAUAUUCAGCGAUUGCGAUAGGAAAAAGUGUCGCCUGCAGUCGCCGAAUUUUCCCGGUCUCUAUCCACGGAAUCUCACCUGUUAUUAUGCGGUCAGACAGCAUGAAGUGCCGCCCGGAAAACACGCUUUGAUCACAGUCCGACAGCCUCGUGGUCAGCUAAUUGCGGUCAGAGCUCGUCCGGCCACACAAGCUGAGCCACCUCCUCGAGAGCUUCUUCUCUGGAAGGAUUGUGACGUUGUUCAGGACUACGUGACUGUGUACGACGGUUAUACGACACGUGACCCCGUUAUCCUUAAAUUCUGCGGUGGCGGUGAACCAGUACCCGAAGCUACGAGCAGCGGGCCCGAACUUCUAGUCGAGUUCACCACUUCGCCGUUUGGAACUUUUCUCCAUCCGACACCGCCUCAUUCCCUGCAUGGAUUUCAGUUGGAAAUUCAGGUGAAAUUCGUCGACGCGGAUUCGCCGACAUACGCGAAAAACAAGCGCUGCGAGUUCUGGUUGCGUGGGAACGACGGCGGCGUAUUAACGUCGCCGAGACACACGUUGGCGAGAAACACGACGUGUUUGUAUCACCUUCGAGGAGCUGGCCCAGCGAUACCGAGUCCAACGCCGCCGAGACCACUGCCCAAAUUUCCAGAGCAACGUCCUGGCACUGUUUGGCGUAAACCAGCGCCCAAACCGUCCCAACCGCAAUUUCGAGUGUGGCUCUCUGUGCUCAAGUUUCACGUUGGAACAAGCGCGUCCUCGAACAAUGACGACGAGUGUGGCACGACUCUUCUCGUUUGGGACGGCGAUAUGAUGCCACUUACCGAAUGCAACGACAUAUCAUGCGAAAAGGAGAGACAACGCUAUGCCGAAAGAUCGGGGAAUCCUAUACAGACGUCAGGAGCACGGCCAGCCAGCAAUACGUCGCUUUUGGCCAGAUAUUGCAAAGAUCGAGUGCCUCGUACUUGUGACCAUGCGAUCCUUCAAAAUACAAGCCGGCCAUGCUCUCUCAUCGAAAGUUUCGUCUCGUCCGGUAGCAGUCUCACUAUAGAAAUGCGAAUGAUCGAGUCUACGGCUUUGAGACCCGUCAACUUUCGAGCCCUGUACGAAUUCGUCGACCUCCACCAAGACGGCGAUCCGUACGGGACUGGACCAUGCUCACGUGUGUUUUAUAGUCGGAACCGUGACUACUAUACCGAUCGACAAUUCCAAGCACCACGAGACAUAUUCCUCUUCGGUCGAGGUGGCUCGAAAAAUCUGAGCUGCGUCUACCGUUUCGAGGGCGAGCAGGACGAAGUGGUGAAGCUGCGUUUCAACAAGCUACUCAAUGGUAAUCGCUCAUGUCGGAGCGUAUCAAGUGCGGACUUCAGUCGUUUACUUUGCGUUGGCUCGAGCACUUUCUCCGUCAAGGUUUUGGAGGUACCAUGGUCGAAUGCGUCGCCGGUACAGCGUGAUUGUUUAUGCUCGAACAGAUCAUUACCGAUAAACAUGAAAUCCAUGUCGAACGUGGUCGAGGUGCAUUUCACCGUGAACUUUAUGACUUCCCUCGACGACUACAAUAAUCUGUUUUUCGAGGGCGUUUGGGAUUUCGUGAAAGCGGUUCCGUGUCUCCAAAAACGGAGAGUCAGGGGACCGAGCGGUGAAAUAAAAUACAUUUCGCCGAUCGUGGACGACAACGAGAAGAACUGUGACAACCAACCGUGGCUCAUCGAUCCGGGCCCCGGCCAGUACCUUUACGUCAAAGUGCCGGGUAGAAUUGUACUCAACACGACCAAAUGUUCAACGAGCAAUCGCAUAGUGAUCCACACCGGCGGCGUGCUACACGCGGCUGUCUGUCCAAGAUCAUCAGCGGACUCGGGAGAGCACGUCGUUGAAGUUUUCAGCCAAGGUUGGGCCGCGAGCAGCAAAAUGAUGGUCGUCGCUCCGGGGGAAGAUCCAGCGAGAACCAUUGCUGUUGAAUUUAUCAUCAACGAACCCGAGUCGUACACGGUCACGUGGCUCGAGAUGACGCGGAGGCCAUCGAGCGGCUCAGCAGCGGCCGGUCUUCUGAUGUCACGCGACUGCGAGCAACGUUGUCCCGAGUUGGACGCUUGUAUAAACGCUUCCCUGUGGUGCGACGGUGUGUCGCACUGUCCAUCGGGUUACGACGAGGCACUGACCCAUUGUUCGAUCAUUUUGAGAUUGCCACCGCUUCAUUUGGCUCUAGGGGCGUUGGUUAUCGUCGCAAUAAUAGCCCUAAUGUGUUUUACCGUUUGGCGGUUACUACGUCAGCGUACGAAUCGUUCGAUUUCACAGCAUCGCUUGAAGAGUAUCUCUUCGGAGACGGCGAUAAUCGAUGGCAAAGAAGUGAUAUGCUGACAAAACGACAGUUCCGUGCGGUACGUUGAGGUCGAUCGUGUCACUACCGUGUGACAAUUGUCACCAUUGAUCGAGGUUCGAGUUAACCGUAGAGCGACAUAUCCGCUGCCCCGUCAAAAACCCAUUGACGACUGGACGAAUCACUGCCAUCAUGAUGCGCUUCUCUUUCUCACAUUUACGCUUAAUUUAUCAACUUCGGGCUAAUUGCGGCAAACUCGAACCACUUCCUCGUAACGCGCGGAACUCUCUUUACCUAAUCUAUCGCAACACAGAUCAAUUACCGAAUUUCCCUUUUUUCCAAUAUUUUACAUCGUUUUUCCUCUUUUAAUACACGCCAACGAUUGUUUGUUUCAAUCAUCGAGACUGAAUGACGGUUCGAUUCGUCCGUCACGUUCUCGACCCGUUGUCGCCGUUGAUUCCUUCGUUUUAUUUUUCUCGAGCGACCAUUGGAUUUGUGUCGAACGAAAUAAUGAUAUAACGGAAUUGUUACUAAUUGUGAAGGAGACCUCACGAAUUUCCGUACAGUUGCUCGAUGUCUUUCGCUCCCGACUCAUUCAUUUUGCUCCAUCCUUCAACCAUUUGUGCUUCCCGCAGCCAAUUAUUACUCUUUUGCUCCUGUUCUUGCUCCGAUAUCCGUACGGAUUCUAAUGGCGAUGUCGCAGCGUUUUUAUUUCACUUUCGCUUGAGAUAAGGGAUGCAAUAGUGAGCUCAAAUGAUCGAAUAUCACCGCGAGACUUAAAACGGAAAAAACGUGCUGCAGAGCGAACCGGUUAUCAUCAACGAUUGACUAUAGAACUCGGCCAAAUGAUUUUACGCAAUUUGGGCUUCAUUGUUCUCACUCAGUUAUGUCAAAUGAUUGAACGAAAUUCAUAAUUUCGAAUUACGAAGAAGCGUGAAUUUACAGACCAGGCCAGUUUUCCUUUCAGAUUAGUUUCUAUGUACGAAUGGAAGAAUUUUAUCAUCGACAAAGCAAACCGCGAGUAGCUAGUACCCAACUACAGGAAAUAUAGUGAAAAACAACUUGGCGAAUUCGCGGCGCGUAGGUAUAGCGAUAGCUCGAUAUAAGCAUAGACCGGAGCUCCCGCUGAAAAUGCCAACACGAUAAAGCACACCGCGACAAAACUGCUUGGAAGAGGACAAUAAUUUUAUAGAAACUUAGAAAAACGUAGCAAAAUGAUGAUGAAAAAUAAUAAAAGGAAGGUUCGAAGAAAGGAAAGCAUCGAGCAACUGUCGAAAGGAAAACUCGCCCGAGCGUGCUCCGGCGUUAGAAGGAGAGAAAACUCGAAACGCUCGUUUCGAAUUAGAAGGUACAAACUUGUACGAUUGUUGAACGCGCGCGCGGUCUCGCAGCGAACGCGCGAGUUUCUAGAUCGAAUGUUCCAUUCGAAAAUUCAAUUUAAAUCGAAGAGUGUGCUUGAAAACGAUUAAACGAUAAGGUUGAAGUGUGCGGCUCGAAAAGUCGGCUGGAAGAAUGUAACGCUUCUCUUCGUGUUUCGUUAUCCAUUAAUUUCAAACGCGAGACACGUAUUGAACUAAUAAUUCAUUAAUUCGUACUAGAUAAUGACCAAAUUAACAAAACGUUAAUGAUAAUGUUAAUGAGGAACGAAACGGGCGAGAUUGUUGGAUUCUUUUUGUGCAAAGAUGAAUAAAAUAAUGACGACCGAAGGGACAAGAGAAAAGCAUUGAAACGAAUGAGACGUAGAUUAUAUUAGUGCCGGGAAUCAUGUGAUAUAUGCUGUUUUUCUCGGAGCUGUGCUUCGAAUUGUUACGCCGGGAUUGACGUCAGCGACAUUGCGCAUACACGAUCGAUACCUGCAGAGAGUGGCUAAAUUCUUGCGUAUACGUGGGCAUGGAGGGGUACACCUAUGCGGGAGAGCGUGUACCGAAAAGAACGUUGUUCAAGUUCGCAUCGUUGGAGCGCUACGAAUUUUUACUUUCCUCUUAUUCUAUUAUUUUUUCUUCCAUUCGCAUUGAGCGCUGUGGUAUUUUUCAAGUAGACGAUUCGGUGCUGACGAUGAAACCGUGUGGCAUUGGGUGUGGAAAAAUUGAUUGGAUGUCAAAGAUUUAUUUACAAAAAAUAAUGAACUUUUGUGGCGGUGAGCAGGUUUAGGGUUGCUGAGAAAUUGUACUCCCAGAAUCGAGCUCGAAACCAAAAUUUAAGAAACUGAAAGCUACGCGUUGGAGGCAACCAAUGAACUUGAAUUCUCGCGAAAAAAUCACGAUUUUUUCACAAACUCCUGCCGCAUGCGAGCGUGCGUGAAUUUGGCUGUUAAAAAAAGUGUUCAACGAACGUCGAAACGAUUCGAUCACUCGAUCCCCGACGUCGUUUCAUCCCGGCUUGUAAAACCUUGUUCAUAUUUGUACAUAGUCGAAUUUUAUUGUAAUUUAUGUAUCCGUACGACUCGAAUGUUCGCCUUCGUUAGCACGACGGUCGACGAUCCCAACAAUUUUCUCAGCCUCCGAUUCAUCCGAACGUUACGUGACACGCCGGAACCGGGGAUUCUUAAAAAAUUUUUAACUCAUUCGCGAUGGUCGAACGAACGUGUAAUCGCGCAUUCGAGUUACCCUCGUCUCAGAAAAGUCUUCGAUUCGCAAUGACAAACCGAGAUCGGUUGUCGCAUCGGUGCUAACGAAGGCUCGUCGAAAUACUGCUAACUAUUAGUCGUUAAGUCAAAAAAUACGAAUGAACAUGUCGCUCAUGACAAAUAAGAGCGCAUAUUCCCACAAACGAAAUAAAUACCUUCGGCAGUCGAAUAUAUCUUCAGUUCGAAGACACAAAAUAAUGAGAAAAUAAUAAUUAUAUUAAUUACGAUAACGGUAACGAUAACAUAAUAAUAUUAAUAAUCAUUAUAAUAUUAACAAUAAUAAGUUAUUAUGAAAAACAAGAAAUAUUAAUUAUGACGAUGAUAACUACGAUGAUGAUGAUGAUGAUGAUGAUGAUGACGUUGAUAAUGACGAUGGAGAUGAUGAUCGGACAGAUUUACGAAUCUACCAAAAAAAAGGGGAAACUGCGUCUGUACCAAACAAAUGUGAGCCAACAAAAUAUCACUAUCAAGUCUAAAACUACCGCGAUUUUUUACUACCAACAUCUAUUUCCAUAGGAACCUUUAGCUAUGAGUUUGUCAGCGGAAGUUUUAGGGGGCGUUGUGUUUUUUCGUUGGUUGAUGUUUCUUGGUUGAGAUUGGUCCGGAGUGACUUUAUUCGCAGGCUUUUUUUGGUGGAUUUGGAGAGGUGCCGAUGAGGGGUAACGAAGAUCACGAUGAUGACGAUGAUAACAACAAUAAUAAAAUAUUAAUAAUAAUGAUAAUAAUCGUAACGAGUAAAUUAAUAUUGAUAAAAUGAAUAAUGAUAUUAACAGGAAUAGCGAUUAUUAUACGAGUCAUGAGAGAAAAAAAAAUAUACGAAAUUCGAAAUAGCGUAAAUACAAAUUUCUUUUGCACUUCAGAGCUAGCCGGACGCACCGCCAAAAUUGCCGCGUUACGGUUCUCUUUUGCACGUAUGAUGUUUCGGAUAACGACGGGCUGAAAAUUUACGAUAAAAUCGUUGAUGAAAGAAGAGAAAACGAACGAAAGCCAUGAAAAAUUAUGACAUUUUACCAGCAUUGUUUUCUUUACUUUUCGAAUAAAUGAAAUAUAUAAAUUUUGAAAAUCAAGGAGUUCACGAAUGUGUGAACAACUACGACAAUCGAUAAUCGCAAUUACAAAACUACCAAAUUUUAUAAUCGCUCGGUCGUGUUCAAUGACACAAGUUUUAAAAAUUUUGACAAACAGGCUUCGGUUUGCUAUUUUUUUGUCAAAUUUCUGUGAAACCAAAUCCAUAAGAAUUCCUCAAUGAGGCGAACGACCCUGCAAAAUUAUAUGCCACGGAAUAUUUGUCUGAGAAAUUACAAAAUAUCAAGUCCUCAACAUAUUGGCUUGCGCGAGAUUUUUUUCUGGAUUCCUCCCUCAAAAAUCACACUAAACCAGCAUAAACCCGAAUUGAGAUGUCCAAAAUAUCUCGUCGAUUUAUAAACGCGAGAAUUACGUAAUCGCCAAGUACAAUUUGUAAGCCAACGGAAUUAAUUUUUCGUCAAUCAAACUGACUCACUGACCAGCACGAUUCUUGUAAUUAGUAUCAGUUUAUUGAGAUUCGUUAAUCAUUCUUCCUCGUAGAAUCUCAUCAACUUUAGAGCCGUACAAUUUAUUUUUUCCAUCACAAAUUUCACACUCGCCUGUGAAAAAUUAGUCCAAUCUUCUCUUUCGCGUACAAUGUUCCUCGUAAGCGGCAACGAGGUUUGACAUUGCACGAUUGUCCGUGUUUUUUCCAAUCGAGAAAAUGGAGCAUCGUAAAGUCGCAUUUUUUUCAAUAUUUGACGAGAAAAAAUUGCACAAAUGGAAGGCAAAAUUCAGUAAUUCAAUUGGGGAAAAAAAUUGAACGAUUUUGUGGAAUAACCAGUUGCCCCCUUCGGGAAUCUAGAGUUAAAAGCGUUCGCUAAAUACCCUCUUCUUAGGUACGACACGAGUACGAAGCAGAGCUUGAAAAUGACGAGCGGGAUUGCCUUUCGGGACAAAAUGCAUUUUCCGACUUUUACGGAUUAACCAUCGUAAAACUAUUCAUUGAUUUUGUUCAAUAUUGCUCGUUCAAAGGCGAAAAGGAAAACAAUGGUCAUAUUUUUUUCAUACUAAUUGUUUAAAAUCGUGAAAAUAAAUUCGCCAGCUGAUCGAAAAUGAAUUUUUUAGACGCCAACUCAAAAUCGAGCCUCGCCCAUUUGAUUAUUUAUUGUCCCGACACUGAAGAGAAUGCGAAUUGUAAAUAAACUCAUGGUAUGAAUUUUAAAUGGGAGUUACCGUUUCAAAAAGGAAAAGUAAAACCACAAAAAACUGUAGAUCGAGAAGUAAGGAAACCCUUGAAAUUAUAUAUUCAAAGUGGGAUGAACAGUAGUUAAUAUUAUAAGUAAACCAUAUCUACGAUGCGUUAAGGUUUCAUUAUAAACGAGAGAGAAAAAAAAACGAGCUUCUCGCCAAGUUUUCUCCUCGCGGAUGACGAAAAAUCAUUGUUUCUGUGAGCAUCCUCGAUCCGAAGGAAUGUUACGCAUGAGUUGAUUGAGUGUUUUUUACUUCCAUUCGUUAUUUCACAUUUCACGAGUCACAAUAAUCGAAAGUUCCCGAAACUUUUUGUCUCCAAUUGUAGGUUCGUACUAUUUUGAGAAGAAUAGAAAAACUGCUGACUGUAAUUGAUUUUAUGAAGAAGCGAGGUCACUCUAGAGCGAGAAAAAAUCGAUAAGCUUUAUCGUUUUUGCUCAGUGAAGUUAUUUAAUAAAUCAAAAUUCCGUAGACCAUCCUCCAACGAACUAUUAAUGGACCAAAAAACAAUUUAUUGGGGAUAGCGCAAUGGAUUACCGCUGCACAGCAUUUGUCCAGUGAAAACUUUUUUUCGAGGGGGUCCACAACCGGAAACGAUCUCGAACUAUUCUUAACCGAGAACAAAAAAACCAACAUUUUUUAUUCUACCUAAGAAUAGCUGGAGGACCAAAAAUUCUUGCGUCACUUUGCAAUUUUUUUUCAUCAAUAAUUAUUUGGUUAACGUACAAGAAAGUUUCUCAAUUUAUAAAAAUCCUACGUCCUUUUCCAGCAAUUCAUCGAAUCGAAAGGAUUUUGUUACUUUUUUCGAGAUUGAAAGAAUUGUAUUUGAUUAAUGAACAAAUGAUCGGACCAUUAUGAGCGUUCCGGCGUACAAAUUAACUCGUUAAUUUUCUGAAAUUUUAUCAUUUUUCUACCGCGUUUCUUGUCUCGACUUUUGCUAAAGCGAUAUUAGAAAAAUCGAAAAUUUUUUACAUAAAUAUGUGCACAAUGAGCUCUCCGAGUUCGUUUAAGCUCUGGGCAAAAUAUGAGAAUAAAUUCACGAGGACAAAACCGUGUUUGUUGGGUUUCGAAGUCGCGAGACUCCGACAGCAUUUUUAUCGACGAUGAGCCAAGAGUCAUUCAUCUCUGCACGAGUUUUUUUUCUUCAAAUUUCAUUUGUACUUUUAGACUUCAAUGAGGUUUCAUUCAUUUAUAAUUCGAGUCUGACUUCUCACAAAUAUUUAUUUCCAAUCUACAUUAGAAAUCGGACAAUUCCAAACGCGCGUUAAAUGUACAUACGUUAAAAAACGUUACAAUGGACUUUCGAAUGUUAAUCAAACGGAGUAUGAUUUCGAGCGUAAACUCUUUAUCGCCCCUCGUUCAUGCGCACCGUAAUUGUGCCUCGAACGAUGCACGACGAAUGUCCGAGCAAUGAUACAGCGCGCUUAAACUGUGUACGCCGAAAAAUGCAGGGCACGAUUUACCGGAUGACAAACGGUCGACGGGCGAAUGUUCUCCGUUGGUUUCAUUUCUCAAUAUAAUUUUUAGAAACGAAAUUUUGCAUUGAUUUACUUUUUAAGAGAGUUCUCGAACUCAUUGACUGAUUCACCAGCGUGAAUGUUCAAUUUUUGUGAAUUUCACAAGUUUCCAAUAGCUUUAAACAAGAAAUAACUAAACAAGGAAAUCUGCUCAAUACUGCCGAGCCCGCCCAGUAUUCUUGCGACAACGAGAGAGAGAAAGAAACGAAGAGAAAGAGAAAGAAGUGCGGCCCGGAAAGGGUUGAGAUGAGAUUUUGUCGGGGAUUAUCGAGAUAAUUUAACGAAUAAGCUGCUCAGUAAGCUUGACCAUGAACUCGUCUACCUUCCCACAUUUCUUUGUCGAUCGCCCAAGUUGAAUUUCCGUUUGCACGGCGGCGUUGAAGUUCGUAUCGUCAAGAUACAAAGCAACACGAAAAGUGUGAUGUCGAUCGCGAGCAAAUUUUGUAUUCGAAAACUUUUCUUUUUCCACGAUUCGAAUAUUUCGUUUCGUUUUUACGAUUAAACUUCAAUAGCGCCGUCUCUCUGCGUUCACCUUCCACAAUGGCACAGUUUUCAUCGACGACCACAAUAUUUUUAAAAUAGAAACGUACGUAAUAUCGUUGCGUGUUUUGAGUGAAUAUUGAGAAUUCAACGAAUUUGACAAAUUAUGAGAAAAAAUGAAAUUUCUCGUUGGUUCUCGAGUGCAAUGGGGAAUAAAUUAAGUUGAAUUUCGGCGAGCGUGCGUGAGGUCAGGAAGCCAGUACUCUGACAAUAAGAAUAAUUGCAAUCGCCACAGCUCCACGCACACGAAUGAGCGGAACGAGAGGAAAAAGCAACGCGAUUGCGACGUGUAUGAUUGAGAAUAGAAAGCGCACAGAACACUUAUCAAAAACGUCAGUUAUACGUCUGCGAAGAGGAAAAACGAAACGGAACGAAUCGAGAUUGUUCUCCACCGUAGGAAUUAGCAUCUCCCCCGCGAACGAUAAGCCAGAACGUUGUGGGUGGAUGUAAACAUUUGUAAAGUCAAUCUUGUGGCGCGCUUCGUUUUCCAGCUACAGACAACAACAAAAGAAAUGUUAAAACACACAAUAAAAACGAUGUACCUUGAGCAAACAUAAAAAACGAUGUAUCAGUUGUGAAAAAAUUAAAAACGACGAAAUUACGAAACAGCAUGGACACCGGGGACACCGCUCGCAGUGACUCAUUGAAACAUUAAUAAUGAACCUGUUCGAAAAUGCAACGUUUCCAAAAAAUUAUUUCACCAUUCGCUCUCGUUGUCUCGUUUCAUUGAUUUUUUCCUCUGUAAAAACUAUAAUUUUCCUCUUCUCCGCGGGUCCUUUCCACAAGAGAAUACUCGAUCGUUGGAGUUACAUUUUUUUCAUCGUUUUGUAACAAACCAGAAGUGACUUUUUUGUUGCAUCAUUUAUACAUGUAUUUCGAGAUUCAUAUAGAUUGUUUUUUAUUUUUGUUGUUUAAGCAUACAGAAAAAAUCAUGACGGGCUAAAAACAAAGUCGUCGAACCACCGAGUGUUUUGUGUUCGUCUACAUUUUUUUUCUCUCUCUCGUUAUCGUUCCAGCCUGCAUGAUAUUUCUGCGAUACAACGAGUAUUAACAUCGACAUUAUAUUAUUUUUAUCGAUAAUCGUAUUAAACGACCUCUUUUAUCAUAUUAAACGAAAUACGAUAUUGGAUCGAUGCAUCUUGAGAUUAUUUUCAGACAAAUCGCGCUUCAAUUAUUGGUAAGUCCGUUUCGAUACCAAAGAGAGGCCAUAAGGUUCGAGGUUUUCGCGCUGUUGGUGCCCAGUCAUAUCCAAAAAGUGGAGAAUUUGUUUUCUCAUCAAUUUCAUGUGUUUUCCCAUGAGACCAUUUCAUUUUAUCGCCUUAUAAUAAUCGAGAGUAUUGUACAAAUUUGGAAUUAAACUUAAAACAGUACGUCGCUCCUGAAUAGUG